UUGAUUCGUCAUUCUGUUUAUAAAAUGUCAGAAAAUGCAAUAAGUUAUAAUAACAGUUUCUCUGACAUUUCUUAUUUAAAACCCAAAGAUAUGUGGUAUAUGGAGAUAUAUAAGUGAAAAAAGAAGAAAAUACACGACAGGCUAAAUACAGCAACAUAUUUCACAACGCCUAUUUGAAAAAUGACUGAAUUAAUAAAAACAAUUACAUAUUUUUUUAAAAACUGUUGAAGUUUGUUGCAAUGCAUUGAAUUGUUAUUACACAUCAGUGUGUUAGGAACAUUUUACUCUGGAGGUGGUUGUAACAGUAAGGCUGCAUUUUCUUAAUAAAAUAAUCUAAUAAUCUUGAUUAAUUGACUGAUUGGUUUGUCAGAGCCCAUGGUCACACCGUAAAAAAAAAAAGGCAAAGCAGAAAUCAGUUUUCUAUAUGUCUACAAUGCAGGUUGUGUACUGUAUGUAAUUUCUUUUUCUUUUGUGUAUAGGCAGUGAUGAAGAUCAGACUAUGUUGAUGAUGAUGAUGAUGGGGUGAGCUGACAGGUGCUGAGCUGUGAGAUGUGGGUUUCUGUCCAGAAAAGAAACAUCUGGGAACGUCCACAAAGAGGGACCACUGACAAUGGAUGGAGUGAACAAGGCCAGGGAGGUGAGGGUGUCGUGGCUCCAGGUGGAGGCUGAGAGCGACAAUCAAACAGCUCCUGAACACAAGUGUCCUGUGCUGUGUGACAGUCUUCACAGUUCUGUCCAGGACAAAGAAAACAGUCCAAUGAUGAGAGCUGUGCUGUGUGCUCAGGUGUGUAAGGUGUACAGGUUUCAGACAGAGGAUCAGCGCUGGAUGCUGGUCAGGGAACAGCUGUCAGAGACGCCGCUCUCCUUCUCUUUACCCAAACAGCUACUGAGCGCGCUCAUACAGGAGCACACCAGCAGGGUCCAGCAAGUGAAGGAGCUCGGUGACCUUUCACCACACUGGGAUGGGCUUCGCCAUGAUGUCAUCAGCCACUGUAACCACCUGAUUGGCUGUUACCGGGAAAUACUGACAGAGCUGAACAAACGCUCAGCAUGGACCUGUUUCAAGUCUUGCAGCAGCAGAUCAAACAGGUACCUGCAGUUUGUCCCGACCAACCUGCACUCACAGAGGAUGAUGGUCACGGAUCCAGGCAGCACAGGUGUGUGGUAUGAGGUUAUAACCUUUGGUGCUCCCUCCGACCACCACCAGGCCUUCAGACAUGGUGGACUGGGGAGACUGCUCAGCGGACACAGCUCCGUCUCUUAUUCCCAGGAGGAGAGCUACAGAGCCAGGGAGCUGCUGAGCUGCGUGGCCCAGCUGCAGCCUCUGGUCUUCGGCCUCGCUGACGAGCUGCUCGCUGUCUCCCUGGAGCUUAACAUGAGUCGACUGCAGCAAGUGCUGGACAGCCUGACUCAGCAGACAAAUCUGCUUGUUCACACACUCAAAGAGGAGCUGGUGAAAAGCGCCCUGUUGGAGAUCCACAACCAAUGCACCGCCACCAGCAACAGCAGCCACGUCCACAGCAACGGGUUGGUCUGUGACAACUCGCCAGCCAGUCAGGACGGGCCGCAGGAUGUCGUCCGACGUGACGUGUAUGACGAGGAGGAGUGGGACAGGGUGUGGGCAAACGUUGCCAAGAGCCUCAACUGCAUCGUUAUCAUGAUGGACCGGCUGCAGGGCCAAGAGGAGCACCCGCGGGAGCCGAGACGUUUAGAGAAGCCGGAAGCCGCUGAAGACAAAACCUCUCAGAACACUGCCCCCUCCUCCUCUUCCUUGUUCUCCUGGCAGGAGCACUUGCUCCCCCUGGUGGUCACAUUCAGGGAUUGUGUGCGCGAGGCGGUGGGAAAGGCCCAAGUAGCCAUGACCUUCGUCAUCCUGCAGGGGGCAGUCGCCACCACUGUUGGCCAGGGACCUGCACAUAUUGUCCAGAGACGACACGCCGUCUUCAGCCAGGCGCUCUCAGCAGUCACGUGUGGUUUCAUGCUAAAGCUGUACGGAGGUCUGGAGGAUGCUGGGUUCCUGCAGCAGCUUCACUCUGUGGGAAUCCUGGCUGAGUUCAAAAGCCUGCUCAGCACCAAUGGUGACGAGGAGGGGAUACUGGAGGACAUGGAGGUGGGUGUGGCCGACCUGAGCGAUGUUGCCUUCACAAUUACCAAAGCUAAAACUGAAGAAGACCUGCUGCCGAUGCUCACUGGAACAUGGGGCAACUUUGUCGUCGAGGUCCCAUUGCCCUCGGAGAACUUUGGUUUGUUGCCACAGAGACUAAAAGAUGGAUGUUUGAUACGAGUUCAUCCUGUUCACUUUAACAUUGGAAUUGACCACCAGCAGAGUCUGGCUGAGAGGUUCGGUGACAGCUCUCUGCAGGAGAGAGUGAACCAGCGGAGCUGUGAGCAGCUUAGAGCUUACUGCCGCCUGCUGAGAGACAUGCUGCCGCAAAUGGCUGGAGACCAGUCGCUGUCAGACCUGUUGGCGUCUCUGGAUCGAAAUGUCCACACCAGGAAGAGUAAGAACGUGGAGGUUCUGUGGAUUGCUGCUAUGGUGUGUCGCAAGGUGAACGGCGUUCGUCUGACCAGCUGUAAGAGCGCCAAAGACCGCACUGCGAUGUCGGUGACACUGGAGCAGUGCGUGUUACUGCAACAGCGACAUAAACUCAGUCAGCAGCACUUCAACACUGCGCUGGACUGCAUGAGGGGGACUGGCUGCAGGAUGGAGAACGUGCAGAAGAACGUGGGCAGCAGGAAGUUCGCCUUCAGCAGUGUCCAGCUCCUCACCUUCCCCAAGCUGUACAGACCUCCAGAAGGCAGCUACGGCUGGACACACUGACAGCUGUUUAGCUCCUGUACAGAUGUUUUUUUAAUUAUGUAAAGUGUGUGUUGUGUUGUUAUUUUUAUGACCCUGUACCGUUCACUGUGGCCCCACUUCAGUUCCCCUAAGUUGUCUUCUGUGUAGUCCAGAGACCCAUAAACCAAGACAAUUGUUAUAAUUUAUGAUUGAACACUGAUUUAAUAUAUUCUCUACGGGAGCCUCGAGCCGACAUAAAAACACAGGUGCCACUGUUGCUUUUUUCAGUUUGGACGUGUGUAGUGCUACAUUUUACCAAACGAAGCAUGUCACAAGUGUUUGGAAUGAAAACACCACAGUAGCUGUAGCAACAGAUGACCUGGGCUCACGGAAAACACCAUUAGCUAAUACUAGAGGCUGCACAACCCACCGGCUGUGGCAGAAAGUAAGGAUGUUUAUUGAAGUACCUCGUGUAGGUUUAGGUGCUUCCACUUUUGCACGAGUAUUUUUAUUUUCUUUUACUUUAUAUUUCAACUGUACAUUUUUCAGAGCUUUAAUUACUUUGAAAAUUAUUGAUAGUACCAACAAAGUACAGGAUUUGUUUAUAUAAACAUUUAUGUCAGUUAGUAUUAGCUCAACCAGCUGCAACAUUAAAGCACCAUUUACAUGUGAACUAGUGGUUAGUAAUCAGUUUAUUGAUCAACAGAACACUGGUGAUUGGUAAGUGUUUUGUAAUUUUAAUCAUUUUUUAA